CGUCUUUCUCCGAACAACUUCCCCGGUUCCCGGUUGCCUCCCGUCGUGCCCCGCCGCUUGAGCAGCGCUCGCUCCUGCGAGACGGGGCCACCCUUCGGACUCCCCGAGAGCUCCCCCGCUUAGCCGUCGGAUCCCGAGGAGGAUCCGUUCCCGAGGACGGCGUCCUGCCCGAUCGGUUGGGGAACACCUGACCCUCUUCCUGCGGCGGAGCCAUGUCGGCCCCGAGUGGCAAAGUGCAGACCGUCUCGGGCCCCGUGGAGCCAAGCCAGCUUGGCCGCACCCUGACCCACGAACACCUGACGAUGACUUUCGACUGCAGCUACCAGCCACCGCCCGCGGGCCGAGAAGCUCUAGCCGUGCUGCCCUUUGAAAUGAGGAACCUGUUUUGGAUUCAGAAGAACCCUUACUCCCACAAAGAGAACCUUCAGUUGCAUCAGGAGGCGGACGCCAUCAGGGAAGAGCUGUUAUAUUACAAAGCCAUGGGCGGCGGGGCUUUGGUGGAGAACACCACCGCGGGGAUCGGCCGAGACGUGAAGCGCCUGAAGUGGUUCGCCGAGGAGACUGGCGUCCACAUCAUCUCCGGGGCGGGCUUCUAUGUGGACGCCACUCAUUCUCCGGAAACCCGCGCCAUGUCAGUAGAACAGCUGACCGGCGUCCUCGCUGAAGAAAUACUGCACGGAGCCGACGGAACGGAUAUCAAGUGCGGUGUCGUCGGGGAAAUCGGCUGCUCCUGGCCCCUGAGCGAGAGCGAGAACAGAGUUCUUCAGGCCGCUGCCCACGCUCAGUCGCAGCUUGGAUGUCCUGUUAUUAUCCAUCCGGGCAGAGACCAGAGGGCCCCCUUUCAGAUUAUCCGGAUCCUGCAGGAAGCGGGGGCUGAUAUCUCCAAAACAGUCAUGUCUCACCUGGACAGGACUCUACUUGAUAAAAAGAAACUGUUGGAAUUCGCUCAGUUUGGAUGUUACUUGGAGUAUGACCUUUUUGGAACAGAACUGCUCCAUUACCAGUUCAACCCGGCGGUUGACAUGCCAGAUGACAACAAAAGAAUCAGAAGGGUUCGGCUGCUGGUAGACGAGGGCUACGAAGACCAAAUUCUGAUCGCUCAGGACAUACACACAAAGCAUCGGCUGAUGAAGUACGGAGGUCACGGCUACUCCCACAUCCUCGCCAACGUGGUCCCGAAAAUGCGGAUUAGAGGAGUGACGGAGAACACGCUGGAAAAGAUACUGGUAGAGAACCCUAAACGGUGGCUGACUUUCAAGUAGGAGGAAUGCGGAUGAACUCCCAGCCUCUUUGGGAAGCUUGCGGGGGACACUCGUAUUUAGCUGAACGUAGAGCGGUCAUUUCCCACCCGGCUAAUUUUGGUGAAAGCUGUGGGGUGGUAACGAGGACCCCCACGGGGCGGAUACUCUCCUUUGCUAUCAGAAUCAUGGAAGUCGUACGCGAUCCCUGGGUCCGGCUGCCUCUCACCAGCCUGACCCCGGAGCGAGUUAGUGACUUUAAUUUAAUUCCACCGAUUUUCCCUUCAAAAUCCUGAAGUGGCUGUUUACAUACAAGGCUUUGAAUCCAAGAGCAAUAAAGCAGACAGGGUCUUUUGAAGAUUCAUCAACCGCGCUACUCGAGAAAAUUUAAAGUGCUGCCAGUUAAAUUGCCCCCCUCUGGAGCAAUUUGAUGUUUCCCGUAAUAUCGAUGGUCCCGUUAAUUAUCCUGCUGUUCCUUAAUUAAUGCUCGGUAAUGAAUAGGGUACCUUCGGAUAGCUUACGCGGAAGACAGGCCGGGGCCUGAAUUGACGAUCUGAAGCACUCCCUCAAAAGGUGCAAUAACCAGGUCGUCGACUCCUAUUGGUAAUGAGAAACGCUUUGAAAGGAAAAUGUGUAAGGCAGGCGCAAAUGUACCUCUGUAGUGAAUAAAAUCUGCUUUGGGUUUCAGAUGUCA